UCUCUCUCUCUCCAUUCUCCCGCUUAUAAACCUUCGCUUGCCGACUUCCAUUGCUCACUCUCUCCUAAACCCUAGAUUUUCUCCCUAUCUUCUUCUUAAAUCAUCAAUGGAAUUUUGGGGUGCGGAGGUGAAAAGUGGACAACCUUUAUCUGUACAGCCUGGAGAUGACAUGAUUUUGCAUCUUUCACAGGCAUCUCUUGGUGAGGCGAAAAAGGAUAAAGGAUCAGAACCUGUAUGCUUGUCUGUAACUAUUGAUGGCAAGAAGCUUGUUCUGGGAACACUCAGCUCAGAUAAGCUGCGUCAACAACAAUUUGACCUGAUUUUUGAUAGAGACUUUGAACUAUCACACAACUGGAAAAAUGGUAGUGUCUACUUUUUUGGAUACAAGGCCUCCAACCCAUUUGAGGAUGAGGAUGAUGAUGAAGAAGAAGAAGAUGAGUCUGAUGAGGAAAUGCCCCUCACAAUUGCAAACAAUGGAAAGACUGAAGCCAAGACUAGUGCAAAGGAUUCUGCUUCAGCUAAGCAGAAGGUGACUGUUGCAGAACCUAGUAAAGUUGCAAAGGCGGAUGAUGGAGAUGAGAGCAGUGAUGAUGAGUCUGCGGAUGAAGAUGAUUCUGAGUUGGGGGAGGAUGAAGAUGGUGAUAGUGAUGAAGAUCAGUCUGAUGAGAGUGAGGAGACACCAAAGAAGGCUGAACCUAGCAAAAAGAGACCUGCAGAUUCUGCUGCAAAAACACCUGUUCCCGAUAAAAAGACAAAAUUUACAACUCCUCAAAAGACUGAUGGUAAGAAAGGUGCUGUCCAUGUGGCAACCCCUCACCCCUCAAAACAGGCUGGUAAAACUCCUGGAAACAAGCCAAACCAGACUCCAAAAUCUGGCGGAUCAGUUGCCUGCAAGACAUGCAACAGGACUUUUGGUUCUGAAAAUGCGCUGGAGUCUCACUCGAAAGCUAAGCACAGCGCUGGAAAGUAAAUAGGAGUAGAAACAUCUGCCUGGAGAUACGAUUUUGAAAUGUUAAGCGUUGAAGGGAAUGAUAAUCAGAAGAGUGUUAGCCUUUAGAAUAUCUUUUGUUGGUUGACCCUAAUGUAAAGCCAGAGUUAGGUCCAGUUUUGCUACUUAUUGGUAUUUUGUAUCGAGAAGGAACUAUCUCUGGGUACUAGUGAAAGAUUUAUUACAAUUUCGGCUGUCGUGUUGGUUGAGAUUCUAUUCAAAUUAAUGGUUAUUACCUUUUUGGUA